AUGGUAUCUCCUGUCUCCAUUUCCAUGAUUGCAGUAGCAUGGGUUAUUUGCAUUAUGUUCUAUGGAACAUAUUUGGAUACUGCAGUCAUUGUGUUUGUGGCAGCAUCUAAUUCAUCAGCUUCAGAUCAAGAAAUGAAAGCUUUGCAGGAGACUGGGUGGUGGUCAACUACCGACACCAGCAAUACCUCCAGUCCUUGCGAGUUGCAAGGUAUUUCUUGCACUAACAGUGGAAGCGUCACACAGAUUAACUUAGCUAAUAGCUAUUUGAAAGGUACAUUGAAACUCAAAUUUUCUUCCUUCCCAUAUUUAUACUUUGUUGAUCUUCAUGGAAAUGGACUUCAAGGGAGCAUCCCUAGUGGCAUAGGUACUCUAUCAAACCUCGCCUUCCUUGACCUGUCCUUCAAUCAUCUUAGAGGUGAGAUACCUCUUUCAAUGGCAAGCCUCACCAAAUUAAACAGGCUUACCAUUUCUUCUAGCAAAAUCCAUGGUUCCAUUCCCUCGGAAAUAGGCAACAUGAAGAACUUGAAUAACUUGGACCUUAGUUGGAAUAAAAUCAGUGGUUCCAUUCCAAAAGGAAUAGGAAACUUGAAGAAUCUGAUGCGUCUGGAUCUUAGUUCUAACAAUCUCAUUGGUUCAAUCCCUACUACUCUAGCUGGUUGCUCUAAUUUGCAGGAGUUGUUAUUGAGCCACAACAACUUAACUGCACAAUUUCUCCAUCGCUUGGCUGACCUUCAUUCGCUAAGUACUAUUGAUCUUAGUCGCAACUUUUUCAGUGGAGAGAUGCCCGUUCUAAUUGGAAAUACAGGCUACUUAUCAAUCUUGAAUCUUAGCUACAAUAAAUUUAUAGGCAACAUUUCCAUUUCUCUCAAUAACAUAAAAGUAGUCGACUUGUCAUACAACUCAACCAGCCUUACUCGUACUACGGUGGUAACUGGCACGUAUUUGGCAUAG